GUGCCCCGAGCGCCGGCCGGAGCGCGGCGCAUCUCAGCGCGACGUGCACGGCGGGAGCGGCCCGCGAGUGGACGGGCCCAGCGGCUGGUCCGGCGCCUCUGCUAUUCCGCUUGCUCCCCGCCGCCCCCCAUGAGCGCAGCCCCGCGCGGCCCGGGUCCGUAAGCGGUGGGGCGCCCCCCAUGCUGCUGCAGCCCGCGCCGUGCGCCCCGAGCGCGGGCUUCCCGCGGCCCCCGGCCGCCUCCGGCGCCAUGCACGGCUCGCAGAAGGACACCACGUUCACUAAGAUCUUCGUGGGCGGCCUGCCCUACCACACCACCGACGCCUCGCUCAGAAAGUACUUCGAGGGCUUCGGGGACAUCGAGGAGGCCGUGGUCAUCACCGACCGUCAGACGGGCAAGUCCCGCGGCUACGGCUUCGUGACUAUGGCCGACCGCGGAGCAGCUGAGAGGGCGUGUAAAGACCCUAACCCCAACAUCGACGGCCGCAAAGCUAACGUGAACCUGGCCUAUCUAGGCGCCAAGCCGAGAAGCCUCCAUUCGGGCUUUGCCAUCGGUGUACAGCAGUUGCACCCCACCUUGAUCCAGCGGACAUAUGGGCUGACCCCCCACUACAUCUACCCUCAAGCCAUCGUCCAGCCCAGCGUGGUGAUCCCGGCCGCCCCUGUCCCGUCGCUGUCCUCGCCCUACAUUGAGUACACGCCGGCCAGCCCGGCCUAUGCCCAGUACCCGCCAGCCACCUACGACCAGUACCCAUAUGCCGCCUCACCCGCCUCGGCUGCCAGCUUUGUGGGCUACAGCUACCCGGCUGCCAUGCCCCCGGCCCUCUCGGCGGCGGCCCCCGCGGGCACCACCUUCGUGCAGUACCAGCCUCCACAGCUGCAGCCCGACAGGAUGCAGUGAGGCCAUCCACGAUCGAGGCCCAUCACUCACACACCCACCGGGCAGGCGACCGGCUGCGCUCGGGGUGCACACCAGCACCUGUGUCUCUGGGGACCCCGCAGGACCCGUCUGCACCCUGCACGGCCCGGAGACCGCUUCCCUUUCAAUCCAGGACCCACCACGUCUCGAAGGAGGACUUUGAGAAAAAAGAAUGUUCGAGAGCUACAGAAGAUACAACCCAGGCCUCCUCACACACACCGCUCACCUCCCUUCACCUUCCCCUGCCUCUCCCCUCGCUCCAGGGCUCCAGGCUGCUGUCCUGUCCCUGCUCAGCGUCAGCCCGGGCCUUCCCCACCCUCUGCAGACCCCGGCCGGCCGCCCUUUGGGCUCUGCAGAAACUUCGUCCCACUCAGAGAUGCCUUACUCUAGGGAAACCUAAAAGCGCCGUGACUUGACUCUCGUCACUCCAUCCGCACAAGCUGUGAACGCAGGAGCAGGUGUGCGGGAACCCCCGCCUCGUGGGAUUCUCGUUUUCUGAUGAUGGCAUCGGGGCGGCUUCCACAAGACCCGAGGCUCCUGGUGCAGCAGGGCCGGCAGCCACGGCCGAGGCCCUUGCUGUCGAAGCACUGCGACUUUUUUUCUUAUUGUUUUGCUACUAAGAUGAUUCAGAAUUUCAGUCUACUUUUUCAAUGGAGUCUCCUGCCACCAAGCUUCUAGAACCUGUUUUGAUUUUGAGACACUUUUGUUGGUGGAUCCGCCCAUGGAGACAGGGACAGUAUUUCUGUUUGAUAAAGUGUCUGCUCACUUGAGCACCAGGAGCCCCUCGGAGUUGUAGGUGCCUUCAGAGAGGUGGUCUCCCUCAGCGACAGUAAGUUGUCUCAGAAGCUUGUCCCCUCCACUUCUCACCCCCACCCCCGCCACCACUGCAAGGGGCAGAGGGAGUGGGGCCCUAGGUGGUGAUGCUGGCUGAGGGGCUGGACCACAGCGUAACCCCCACCAGCUUGUGGCCCCACCGUCUCAUUCUUCGUGUCUCCUGCUGUACACCAGCCUGAGCUAUGAGACCAGCCUAAGACACGUCCUGCCUUCCUUGGUGACAGGGCUCCUGGAGGGGGUGUCGGGGGAGUCUGCAGGAGGAGGCAGGGAAGGUGAGACGGGGGGCAGCCUGGCAGGGGUUUGGGGAGCCUGGGCUGGAAGAUUGUGGGGCGCUGGGGGUAUUCCUUCGGACCUACCUCAGGGAAGUGGGAGGCCUCAGGGGGCCGACUGAUGUGGGCAAGCGCUUUGCAGCACGCCUGGUACAGAGUCGAGGCCCAGAAAAUAAAGGUAGCUAAU